UUCCAAAACAUACGUAUCCAAAUAUGUACCGACUAGGGUUUCAUAAUAUUUUUUCUUGAAAUCGACGAUCAUAUAACAAAGUGAGCACAGAAAAAGACACUCCGCACAGUGCGGCAAGAGAGAGAAGAAUAUGGGUUCGCGAGAGAAAGACCAGCCAACGCCGCACCUGAGCAGCCUAGUUGUAAGGCCCACCGACAGCGGCGGAGAUAAUGACAGUGACGGUGCUGGUAGCGACUACGAGCCCGGUGAGGUUCGUCCAGAUGCACCACCCUAUUCACGUUCCGGUCGAUUCUCCGAUACUCAUGCUGAGCACUUUGCCUGGUGCAAGAACAUUGGUCUUGAGGAAGGCACGUGGUGAGGUUCUGGUAGAGAAAUUUGGUUGGGGUGUUAUGAACAGGAAAGAAUAACUGUCGAAUAUAAUAUUUUACAGGGUUUUUCAUGAGCUGUGAGCUCUUUGUAUCUUGUUGUGUUUCAUGGGCUGCUCUAUUGAUAGUCAGCUUGUAUGGUUUGGUGAAUUAUCUCUUUGAAGGAAAUUGAGAAUGUUACAUGAGGUAUCUGAGACUGAUCCAUUACUAAAUGGUUGAUAUUGUGAAUGAAGUGUUUUUGCUGGUUGUCUUUAUAGUUGUAUUGUUGAAGUGGCUGGAAAUGCUGCAACGGUGAUGAGUGGUAACAGGUGAAAGUUGACAAAGACCCAAACUUCCAGUGAAGCAACAGAUAUCUUUUGGUGGACAAUUGGUGUUCCAAAUCCAUCCCAAUCCUUGUCAUUUGGAUUCAAGGAAACUGAUGAAUGUCUUAGUCUUUUCAGUUUCUUGCUUUCUCCAAUUAGCGGUUGUUUUUGGGAUUUUUUUCCUUUAAUACUUUAUUUUGCCGGUUAAAUAGGAAUUGAAUUGGGCAUGCAUUUGGAUUAGUUGCUUUGCUCCAGGUUUAGUUUCGGUUGAUAAGAGGAUUCCAUGUAAGUUUUGAUGCAUCAGUCAGUUAGUCCCAUGUAGAAGCUUGAACUUAAUAGGUCUAAUCAACAAACUAAGGGCUGGUUUGCAAAGGGAUUUACUAAGUUCAGUGCUUGGAUUUUCUCAGCCAUUUGCGCAAGCGCUUACGAUGGUUAUGAUUGGUUUCACUUUUUGGUAAGUUGGUUAUGGUUGGUUUCGCUCAAUUUACAGUCAUUUUGUUAAGGAGUUGGAAUGCAUUUUGAGUUGAUUAUUAGCAGUUUGAUAAUUUUAUGGAAUGCAUUUUGCUUGGAUCGUUAGGAGUUCAGUAAUUUUAAGGUCCUGGCUUUGGUGCAGUUGGGAGUUUCUAAUUACUACUUGCGUUGGUGGUAUUGGUUGUUUUUCAUCAAUGAAUACGGGUUUUCUAUUUGAUGUGUUUAGAGGGAAUAAAUGUCAACCGUGCAGUGUGUCAAAUCCACGGUACUGGCUUCACAUUUAGUAACCAAGUCUAUUUUACCUCAAGGAUUGCAGUAACUUAUCAUGUGAGGUGUGGAUGAUAUGGCAAAUUGUAGUUUUCUACAGUUGAUGUACUGUAAUAAUCUUGUUUGAGACAUAAAUUUGAAGACAGUCGUCCUCGAGAUUCACAUUCUCUUCCUGCUACUCUUUCUCUAAUAUUCUACAAGAAGCUCUGAACAAUGGUACUGGUUGCACAAGCUUAGUCCAAUUGUUGGCAUUUCAUGGGUAGCAAAAACUUUAGCUUAAUUAGGAUUAGGAAAUAAUAUGGGUAACUUUCUCUCAUGAUAUAGUGCCUCUUAUGUUUGGGAUUCACUGGAUUUUUUCAGGAUAUAGAAUACGUGCAGGUUCUGUUUCACCUGAGCGCCAUAGGAAUGCAGAUCAUCGGUAUAGUCCUGAUUUUGAUCAUUCUGGUGGCCCACCACGUAGUCGUGGAUUUGGCAGAGGGAAAUAUCCAGGCAGACAUCGAGACUAUUCACCCCCUUACGGUCGUGGAAGAGAAGCUGGCAGGUUUCUGGGCAAAAGUUAUGAUAGACCUGGUUAUGGUGCAGGGCAAGUUAGAGGCGAAGGUCUACCUAGAAGUAACCCAAAUGUACGGCCAAGAGAUGGUGAUUGGAUGUGCAUGGAUCCGUUAUGUAACAACUUGAACUUUGCAAGGCGAGAGUACUGUAACAAAUGCAAAAGGCCUCAAUAUGCACCUGCUGGGAGUCCUAGGAGAGGUUUUCCUGGCCCCCCUCCUCCUCGCCACAUUCCUGGCCCCCCAAUCAACCGUUCUCCAGGAAGGUUUGUGAAUGGGUAUAGGUCCCCCCCUCGUGGCUGGGCUAGAGAUGAUGCCAGAGAUUUCAGAGUUGGGGUUCCUCAUUCCAGAUAUGAAGGGAGGUUUGCAGAUCCGCCAAUCCGUAGAGAUAGGCCUGAUUAUCCCGAUGCUGAUUAUAGGGACAGGAGUAGGUUUGAAAGGCCUCCACCCCUGGAUUGGGGACGGGAGCGUGUCAGAGAGAGCUUCUUAAGCGAGAGGAAAGGUUUGGAAAGGCGAAUACCAUCUCCGCCUCGUCCUCCAGUAUUACCUCGUGGCCAAUGGGCCCGUGAUAUCAGGGAGAGAAGUCGUUCUCCAGUGAGAGGUGGACCGCCACCCAAAGACUAUCACCGUGAUUUAUACAUGGGAAGGGGACGAGAUGAUCGGCGAGUUGGACGUGAUGCAUAUUAGCUGGUGUGGAAAUUAUUAUUUUGGUUAAACUAGAUGUAUGUUUCAUGGCUAGCAAAAGUAACUUGUCAAAUAUUUUCCUAGUUUCCAAGCACAUUUUCCAUCAAAUUCAGAACCCGUUUAUGUAAUUUUAUUUGUGCAGGCAGCCAUUUGAGUUACUGAACCAUAACAAACUUUGGUGAAUCUCCUUUUUAGUUGUUCCUUUUGGCUUUAAAUAUUCCCCAGUUUGUUUGCA